GCAACACUGCGCCGUAUUGUAUCCGCCAUCUUGCCUUGGGCGCAAAAUGUGUUUUCUCUAAACAUGGCAGCGUGGACGGUAAUAUCACUGACGCGUAGAUUUUCUACAAAGCUACUGUGAUCACUCAAUACAUGGGUUCACAUAACUAGCAGAAUCUGCUAGUCGUGUGAUCGAUGCCAAAUGGCAAGACACCGGAAUGUGCGGACUAUGAAUUUUGAUGAUGAUUAUGAAGGCUACUACGACGUCUACGGCAGAUCUCAAGAGGAAGAUGCUUGCAUUUCGCCGAGCACAGAGGCCCAGUUCCUUUAUAAUCGCGACAAACUGCACUCCAUGUCGUCUUUUCUGUCGCCUGGAGUCCUCACGGAAGAGAAUGAGAACAACGAGGACGACGACAGUAAGGAAGCAGACGGAGUACCUGGAGCACCGAAAACGGAUUCUCAUGUGGUCUUUGAGCCGGGGCUAACGCCAGAGGAUGAAGUGAGGCUCUACGAGUGCUUGGAGAAGAUGCAGAACGUCGUGGGUGAUUCCAUUCCAGAGCUGACGCUGAAGAAGGCUGCCAUCGAGGCGAGCUUCAACGCGGAGCGCGCCCUUGACAGAGUUCUUACUGAAACAGAAGCUCCAAAAGCACAGCGUGAGAGACCACAAGGCAGAAAAGAAUACAGUUGCAUUGGGGGGAGCUCCGUGUCCGACUUGUCCGCCGUUGACCAUGUUGCCGACACGCUCGACCAGCUGAGUCUAUCGGCCAGCAUCGGGGGGAAAUCGGGCAACCGAGAGGGCGAGAACGAUGGAGCGUCGGAGUUUGACCUUCCGGAUCUGAGUGGAGCCAUCGACCUGGAGCACGCCGACGUCUGCGACGGUGUCACGCUGGGCAGCACGCCGAUCGGGGCAGGCGUGGACCUCGACGUCCUCCUCGGCUUGGCGGACGCCGCGGAGAAAUCCCCGACGAGCGUGGGCCCAGAUUCGGACAGGCGCGCAGCCCCGACCGCGUCCGACAUAUUGCCGCGCUCCAGCAGUGCACUGGGCAGCUCGCCGGACGUCCUACCGGACCUGGACGAGCUAGGGCUGGGAGACCUGCCAGAAAUGGACUUGGAAGCAGUCGUCAGGGUGGUGGAUUCGUCAGUGCCCAAGUUAGACGCCUUGUUAGGGUUAGCCGAGGGCAACGAGGACGGAGCCACUGGGGGACACAGCGACGGGUCGUCUGCGGAAGAAAAGCUCGACGCUUUACUCAGUCUGGAGGACGAUGUUGAUGACAUACUAAAUUGCGGAGGUAGAGGCCCCGGUGCAAGACUUCUUGCCGGAGGCGUGGGCUCCCUUUUAAAUUAUGGCGGCGAAGCAGACAAGCUGCAACACACGAGAGAGAAAGUGUCGUCUGCUGGUUACAGGGAUAGCGGUUUCGAUGCGUUUCUCACUUCCCUCGGCAAGGAAACGGACGGAGCGGUGGCAGCAAAGAAGCCAGAGUCGCAUUUUGAUCUCUCGUCGCUGUUGGAUGCGCUCAACACUGCAGACGCGGCGGAUGCCUGCGCAACCGGACCCGUCGACCGACAAGAGAAUGCCGCCAAGAAGUCGCCACAGAGAACAACACUAGAUCUCGGAACGAUAUUGGGCCUAAAAAAUUUCAACGAUGAGGGCAAAGAACCUGCCAGCACUGGAGGGACGUUGAAGCUUGAUUCGAUCUUGAAAGGAAGUUUCGGCUCAAAAUGUGAUAGGCGGUCUCCAGAAUCCAUUUCCAAAUUAUUUCCAAUUGACCCAAGUGGGAUGGAGUGUGGUGCGUCCUUACUGAACAAGAAGCCUUCCCUGCUUGGUUUGGUGCUGACAAAGUUUCCCCUGGAUCGCCGGAAACGAAGCGGUCUUGGCGUUAAAAAAUGGCUCAGGGAGAUGUGUCUUAGUGCGGGGACUCCAAUUGUGCCAUUUGGAUUUGUCACGCCGUCACCGGACGAUGCUGUAAAAGAUCAUCGGAAGCGAGCCUUCGAUUCUGCAGAAAGAAGAGCUCUGCAGCCUUUAGAUAAAAUUGCGGAGAGGAAACCCCCGGCACCGGACGCCGAAGUUCUUCCACUGAACGCGGCUCUGAGGCAGACCUUUGCGGCAAAGCAGGCGCACGACGCCGAAAUUAGGCCCUCCACAAAGAGCGGUGCAGAGAGUACCUUACUGGCUCCAAGCAACGAACUCGGUGACGACUCAGGGUCCAGUCGCAGCAGUCCGAGCUCGGACGAAAAUCCAAAGUCGACUGACGGGACGUCUGAGCUGGUGGGUGAUAGCACUGUGCUGAAGACACCCAGCAGCAAGCCUAAACCGUCCAGCAAGGAUGCCCAAUCAGAGUACAACAAGGAGCGUGGGAGUGCCAAGCCCCUCCUCAACCUGGUGGUGAUUGGCCACGUUGAUGCGGGCAAGAGUACGCUCAUGGGUCAUCUGCUUUACAGGCUGGGUUGUGUCCAAAAGAAGCUCAUGCACAAGUACGAGCAGGACUCAAAAAAACUCGGCAAAGCCUCCUUCAUGUACGCGUGGGUGCUGGACGAAACGUCCGAAGAGAGGAACCGUGGGAUCACCAUGGACAUAGCCCAAGCUAAAUUUGAGACCCCCGGACGCAGCAUCGUUCUCCUUGAUGCUCCUGGACACAAAGAUUUUAUUCCAAAUAUGAUAACGGGAGCCGCGCAGGCGGACGUUGCAAUCCUGGUGGUGGACGCCACAAGAGGGGAAUUUGAAACUGGUUUCGAAGCUGGCGGUCAGACGAGGGAACAUACGCUGCUCGUUAGGUCUUUAGGUGUGUCACAGCUAGCAGUUGUCAUCAACAAGCUGGACAACGUCGGUUGGGACAAGAACCGGUACGAAGAAAUCACCACGAAGCUCCGGGCCUUCUUGAAGCAAGCUGGGUUCCGCGAGUCGGGCUUCACCUUCGUACCCUGCAGCGGCCUCACCGGAGAGAACCUGGUCGAGCCGUCGUCCGAGGAGGCCCUCCACAGCUGGUACAACGGCCCUUAUCUCGUCCAAGUGAUAGAUAGCUUCAAGCCACCCGAGCGUCCAGUAGCCAAGCCGUUCCGCCUAUGCGUGAGCGAUGUCUUCAAGGGCACCGGAUCAGGUCCAUGCGUGUCCGGUCGCAUUGAAGCGGGUGCCGUGACCAAUGGCGACAAGGUCUUGCUCAUGCCGGCAGCCGAACAGGGCACCGUGAAAGGUGUUAUGGUUAACGAAAUGCCGACCCAGCAAGCAUUUGCGGGGGACCAAGUCGCCCUGACGCUCUCCGGGGUUGACGUUAUGAACGUGACAGUGGGCAGCUUCCUGUGCGACCCUGCGGUGCCAAUCCGUGUGACGUCCAAGUUCCAGGCACGGAUCGUGGUGUUCAACGUCGAAAUCCCCAUCACGAGGGGCUUCCCGGUGGUGCUUCACUACCAGAGCAUGAGCGAACAGGCAUCCGUUCACAAGCUCAUCUCGCAGCUCCAUAAGACAACCGGUGAAGUCGUCAGAAACAAGCCCAGGUGCUUGACGAAGAACAGCAGCGGCGUGGUCGAAAUCAAAGUGAGUCGACCCAUCUGCGUCGAAUUGUACAACGAGUUCAAGGAACUGGGGCGGGUGACACUGCGGUCGGGAGGCAGCACCAUUGCAGCGGGAGUGAUCACAGCGAUCACAUGACUAUGCAUUGACCUUACCCGGCUUGCAGUGAAUUGUUGGUUGCUGGCAGAUUGAAACCCCGGGAAUGUCGCCUGCAAGGUGGCAUGGAGGUGUUUUGUGUGCCAAUGGCAGAUUUUUCCUUUUUUUUUUUGCAAUGCAAAAAAAGAAAAAAACAAAGAGCUAACGGAAGGAGUAAGAAACAGUAACAAUAAAAUUGUUUUGCAGUA